CUCUGAUUGGUCCACAGUCCACACGCUAUAGGAUGUUGCAAGGAAGUUUCACUUACUACUUUUGUCAUUAGUUUUCUCCUUCUUUUAAAGAAUCCACCUAACAGACCACACAAAUUACUCAUUCAUAUUCUCCAUUUUCAAAGUUUUUUUUCAUCCAAAUUCUUUCAAUUCUCAUGGCUAUGCAAUCACCUUCCAGAGUGUUCCUCAAUUUCAGGGGCAGUGACACUCGCAACAAUUUUACCGGUAAUCUCUAUAAGGCUCUUGUUGACAAGGGAAUUCGUACUUUCAUUGAUGAAAAUGAUCUUCAAAGAGGAGAUGAAAUCACACCAUCACUUGUCAAGGCCAUUGAAGAAUCUAGGAUUUGUAUUCCCAUAUUUUCUGCCAACUAUGCAUCUUCUUCAUUUUGUUUGGACGAACUUGUCCACAUCAUUCACUGCUACAAGACAAAGAGUUGCUUAGUAUUACCCGUUUUCUAUGGUGUGGAUCCUACUGAUGUUCGACGUCAUACAUGUAGUUAUGGUGAAUAUCUGACUAAGCAUGAAGAGGGGUUCCAAAAUAACGAGAAAAACAUGGAGCGAUUGCGUCAAUGGAAGAUGGCUCUUACUCAAGCUGCUAAUUUGUCCGGCUAUCAUUAUAGUCCUCAUGAAUAUGAACACAAGUUUAUUGAGAAGAUAGUCCAAUACAUCUCCAACAAUAUCAAUCAUGAUUUUUUAAACGUAGCCAAAUACCCUGUUGGAUUACAGUCCCGAAUAGAACAAGUGAAAUUGCUUCUUGACAUGGGCUCUGAGGAUGAGGUCCGCAUGGUAGGACUUUUUGGUACUGGAGGCAUGGGUAAAUCAACACUUGCAAAAGCAGUUUUUAAUUUUCUUGCUGAUCAAUUUGAAGGUGUAUGUUUUCUUCAUAAUGUCAGAGAGAAUUCAAGUCAUAAUAACCUGAAACAUCUCCAAAAGAUGCUCCUUUCAAAAAUAGUUAAAUUUGACGGUAAGUUAGAAGAUGUUAGUGAGGGAAUACCAAUCAUAAAGGAAAGACUAUCUAGAAAGAAGAUUCUUUUGAUUGUUGAUGAUGUUGACAAACUGGAGCAGCUAGAGGCUUUGGCUGGAGGACUUGAUUGGUUCGGUCAUGGAAGCAGAGUCAUCAUUACCACUCGUGAUAAACACUUACUAGCCUGUCAUGGGAUUACAAGUACACAUGCAGUAGAAGAAUUGAAUGAGACAGAAGCUCUUGAAUUGUUGAGGCGAAUGGCUUUUAAAAAUGACAAAGUUCCUUCAAGUUAUGAAGAGAUUUUAAACCGUGUAGUUACUUAUGCAUCUGGCCUGCCCUUAGCAAUAGUAACAAUAGGGGGCAAUUUGUUUGGAAGGAAGGUAGAAGAUUGGAAGCGUACAUUAGAUGAGUAUGAAAAUAUUCCCGAUAAAGAUAUCCAAAGGAUACUUCAAGUAAGCUAUGAUGCUUUGAAGGAAAAGGAUCAGAGUGUCUUUCUAGACAUUGCUUGUUGCUUCAAAGGGUGUAAAUGGACAAAGGUUAAAAAAAUACUUCAUGCUCAUUAUGGCCAUUGCAUAGAACAUCAUGUUGGAGUGUUGGCUGAAAAAUGUCUCAUAGGUCAUUGGGAAUAUGACACUUAUGUGACCUUACAUGACUUGAUAGAGGACAUGGGUAAAGAAGUCGUUCGACAAGAAUCUCCCAAGAAGCCUGGAGAACGCAGUAGGUUGUGGUUUCACGAUGAUAUACUUAACGUUUUAAGAGAUAAUAUGGGAACUGAGAAUAUUGAAAUGAUAUAUUUAAAAUUUGACCCAACGGCAAGAGAAACAGAGUGGGAUGGAAUGGCUUGCAAGAAGAUGACAAAUCUCAAAACACUUAUCAUUGAAGAUGGUAAUUACUUUUCUGGGGGUCCUGGGCAUCUUCCAAGUAGUUUGAGAUAUUGGAAAUGGAUAAGUUGUCCUUUGAAGUCUCUUUCUUGUAUUUCGAGCAAGGAGUUCAACUAUAUGAAAGUCUUGACAUUGGAUUUUUGUGAAUAUUUAACCCAUAUACCCGAUGUCUCGGGUCUUCCAAAUCUAGAAAAGUGCUCAUUUCGAUAUUGUUUUAGUUUAAUUACAAUUCCCAGUUCGAUUGGACACCUAAAUAAACUUGAAAUCUUAAAUGCAUAUGGUUGCAGCAAACUUGAGCAUUUUCCAGAAUUAUUAUGUAAGAUGUCAAAUAUAAAAGAUAUUAAGAUAUAUGAUACUUCCAUAGAAGAAUUGCCAUAUUCAUUUCAAAAUUUCAGUGAAAUUCAACGGUUAACAAUAUAUGGAUACUACCUACCGGGAAAGCUCAGGUUCCAAAAAUAUAAUGAUAAAAUGAAUUCAAUAGUGUUUUCAAAUGUGGAACAUGUUGAGCUCAGAAACAACAACCUCUCAGAUGAAUGUCUCCCAAUACUUCUCAAGUGGUUUGUUAAUGUGACAUUUCUAGACUUAUCGCAGAACAAUUUCACAAUUCUUCCCGAGUGCCUUGGUGAAUGUCACCGUCUUAAGCAUCUUUAUUUGAAGAAGUGCAAGGCUCUUGAGGAAAUUAGAGGGAUUCCACCAAAUCUUGAAAGGCUUUUUGCACGCGGGUGUUAUUCAUUGAUUUCCUCAAGUAUAAGAAUGUUAAUGAGUCAGAAACUACAUGAGUCUGGGUGCACCCAUUUUCUAUUCCCAAACACAACGGAAAGGAUUCCUGAUUGGUUUGAGCACCAAAGCAGGGGAGGCACAAUUUCUUUCUGGUUUGAUAAAGAACUCCCUUCUAUUAGUUUUUCUUUUAUUCUUAUUUGUCAGCUCUACAUAUACCCAACAAUCAAAUUAUUUGUGGAUGGAUAUGAAAAAGAGAUAAGUUGCAAAUUCACUGGGGAAUUUAGUGUGCUAGUGGACAAUGAUACUUUUUUGAAUGACCAUACAACUUUGUUGCAUAUAAAAUUGGAAGAAGAUAAUGAACUCGGUGUAAGACUUUUGAAAAAUGAAUGGAUCCAUGUGGAGUUUAAGUUGGGGUGUUGUUAUUCGGGGUUCGAUGAGGAAAAGAUAUUCGAAAACACGCAAAUCGGAAUCCACGUGUGGAAGGAGAAAAGCAACACGGAGGGGGGUGUGAGAUUCAUUGAUCCUUCAUUAUCACAAUUUAUGUGCCUCCUCUAAAAAAGCAAAGAUUGGUGGAAGUGGGAGUUUCAGAGAAAGGGGAGGAGGAGGAGGAGGGAUGAGAUUGAAAUAUUAAGCAGUGCGCAAGAUGAAAGAAAGAUGUUGGGUACAUUCCUUAGUCUAGGUCCAUCAUAAAGUUAACCGUCUUCUUGUUAUUCUCUCAAUCUCAACAUUGCAGCUUGACGGAUUUCAUUUCGUUCUAUCCGUGCCUUCCGCUGGUCGAAACGACUAUGAAGUGCUGAGUUUCUCAAACUAAACUCUCCUUACUGGGGAAGGAGCUUUCAGGUCUGCAAGAAAUUAUGUGGGAUAAAGAAAUAAAUCUGAGAACCGACAUUCAUGAGAUCCUUUUGCAAGAGUCGUGACUUUUGUUCUCCAAAAUCCAAAUCAGCGUUCUUGGUGUAGUACUCGAUGUACAACUCUGGUUUUGAUAUGGCCUGAACUUCAAUAUCCAAUCCAUCUGGAAUUUGGUAGAGUCCUAUGUGGGAAGAACGGCAUAAUUAGUGAGGGUGUUCUUUCAGAAUGUAAGCCGGUAAUGAUGCGUGGAGGGCCCAAUGAGAAACUUGAAACUUGAAGCUGACAAGUUGAUAAAUUGUCCCAGGUUGUUCAUGAUAAUCCUUUCAGAACAUAUGAUGGGCCUCCCAGCAACUAGGAAACUGGCAUUAAAAUAACAAGAUUGCCUUUGGCACUGGUGACCAUUGACAUGCCCCUACUUCGACGCAAAAUAUGGCAUUGGUCGGAGCAGUUUCACAGAUGGGGAUGUCCCUCUCUUCUAUUGAACAUAGACCAAGGGCCUUAACUGGUGAUUAGUUACACACAUUCAUGGAAACAAGUGUUGAAGCAUUUGCUCCCAACCAUUGUGUAUAACCAUAAAAUAAUUGUACAAAUAUCAUUACUCGUAAAAUAAACACCUUUUUAUAUGCUUAUCCUCA